CCUCACUCCUCACUCCUCACUCCUCACUCCUCACUCCUCACUCCUCACGCCUCUCUCCCUUCACCUCUCGCUCCAUCCAGCCUGCAGUCCCGUACCCGACCGCUCUCACUCACCGCACAUCCGCGCUCAGCCGUCCGACUCCGCCUCUCUGUUUCGCGCCGUGGUCGUUGCAUCUCGCCUUCGCACCUUGACUUUCGCACCUCGCGCCAACGCAGAGAGCAGGGCUACGCCUUGGACGGCGUGUAUGAGCAGCGCCAUCAGCGCCUGUUGAAGCGCGGCGCCCACCUGCAUCUUCCAUCCUCGCCCCCGCUCUCUCAGCGAGAUGCAGCCAACCACUCUGCCAGCGCCGCUGCUCUCGCUCUCCCCGGCGAGCGUGGCGCAGCUGAAUGAUCUGAGCCUGGACCAGCUCGCGGGCCUCUGGACGCUCUUCACCAAAUGCGGCUCCUCGCUCGAGUCGGGGCGUCGGCUCGAGAAUCUCAGCUGGCGCCUGUGGUUCCGCGAGGCGCACCUGCUGCCCGCCGACUACGUGCUGCCCGCCGGCCUCACCUCGCAGCUCGUCUCGCCGUGCGACUCGACCCUGGCGUCGGGCGCGCCGAGCCGCAUCGGCACGCCGUCGGGCAGCCGCGCCGGCAGCCUCGUGCUCGCGUCUGCGGCGAGCCGCGUGGCACAGGUGGCGGAGCAGCGCGAGAGGGAGGCGGCGGCACGCGAGAAGCUGCUGCGCCAUCGCGCCGACGCCGAGGCGCGUCUGGAUGGCCGAAGACGCAGCAGCCGGGCCUCUACGUCUGCCAUUCGCCGAUCUGCGUCGGAAGAGAUGGAGGAGGAGGAAGAGGUGGAUGAUGAGGCAUGGUCCGACAAUGACGGGCAAGUCGACGCUGCUUCGCCGCCUCAGCUGCAACAUCCCGCCACGGCCGGCGCCUUGCCUUCCACACGAGGACGUCCGGCCUUGUCGCCCAUCCUCUCUCGUCGCCCUUCCUCCACCGCCACUUCUCUGCACGCGCAAAUGCGCCCCUCGAGCGCCUCUGCCUUUGGCUCGCGCGCGAGGGCGCAGCUGAGCAACCGAGUGCGCACGAGGAGACCCUUGAGCUUCACAGCCGCAGUGGCGGGCCUGGCGAGGGACGAGCUGGCGCUGGGAGAGGGAGGCAGACCGAGCUUGGCGAGAGCACUCAGCGUGGAUGGCGCGGAGAGGAGAGAGGAGAGAGCGACGAACGACAAGGGCAACGCUGCUGUUGGCAGCGCAACGGCAAGACCGGCACUGAGCGACAAGGCCACGCAGGUGGAAGAGUCGCAGGCUUCGACUUCCGCGGCGGCCGUCGAAGCUGCGCAGUCACCUUUGCGUGUUGGCAGUGUCGCUUCAAGCAGCGCAGCGCCUGUCGUCGCAGCAGCCGUGCCCACCAGCUCGACGUCGACAUCCUCUCAUCCCGCCGCUCCCUCCCUCUCCGCCGCCGCUCCCUCCCUCUCCGCCGCUCCCUCCCUCUCCGCCGCAUCGUCCGCACUCGACUCCGCUCAACCAGCAGCCGCGCCGGCGGCAAGCAGCAGCGCCGCGACGAGCGAAAUGCCUCCUCCUCCCUCUGCGCCCGUCCGCAAGCCCGCCGCUCGCGCGUUCCGCGAGAAGAGGGAGAGUGGCGGCAGCGCGAGUGGGAGCAGCAGUCAUAUGCGCGCUUCUGCCUCGUCUUCCGGCCUCGCUCGGCACGCUGCUGGCUCGGGCUCUUCCACGCACGUCGCGCAUGCUGCGCACACGCACAGGAAGGCGGCCAAGUCGGGCACGGGCGCGGCAAAGGGCAAGGCAAAAUUCUUCGUCGAGGCUGCGAGCGCGGAUCAGGAGUUUGAAGACGAGUCGGGCGACGAAGCGGACGGCGCCGCAGAGGCAGCGUGUGCGGGGCAGCACGAGUCGCCCGCUGUGCCUCCCUCUUCCGCCACCGCCGCCGCCGCAGCAGGUAGUGCAGCACCUCGGCCGCCCUCUCCUCGCGGCGGCGGCGCAGACGCAGACGCAAGCCACACAGGCGGUGUGAACGAGCUAAAGCCCGUCGUCUCCGACCUCUCGCUCGCUUCGAAGUUGGCAAGAGCGGGCAUGACGACUACGGCGUUGACGCCCGCGGCGCCUCUCUCGCAGGCACGCGCACCAAGUCCUUCGCCGACAGCUGCACGCGCCCCUUCGCCUGCGCCUGCACAGCAGCAGCAGCAGCAGCAGCAGCAGCGCGAUGUCUCGCCUGCACGCGCCGCCUCGCCCACGCACAGCAACGCUGCCAGCGGCACUGGCAGUGGCAGCGGCAAGGCUCGUCGCCCUCGUUCUGAAGCUGGCGGCUCUCAUCACCACGCUACGCACGGCCAUGCCGCGCACGGAGCGCAUCACGCACAUGCACAUCACGCACACGUGCACCACCCUGCGCGCUCCAAGUCUGGCCUCGGCCUGCAUCGCGCCGCACAUGGUCUGGGCGGCCUGACUGCCGCGAAGAAGACGACGCACGGACGCACGGCCAGUGGAGGCACGCGUGCAAAGGCGCCGAAGAUGGAGCGCUCGACGAGCGACCGGAGUGUCGCAAGCUCGAACCCGCCGAGUCCGGCGAUCCAUGCCAAGGCUCAGCUGGCGCCUGAGCGACCUUCGCCGGUCGCACCGCUCGCUCAGUCACAGCCCGAGGCGUACGUCUCGCCGCCUGCCAAGCCUACAGAGGCGCAGAGGGCGAGCAUUGAGCCGAAGGCGCCUGAGCAAAAGGCGCCCAUCGCUGCGGCGGCAAAGGCGUCCGUCCAGCCGGAGGUGCAGCGCGCCGAGGCGGUGCCCUCAGCGGCACUCAACCGCAAAGGACGACCAGUCACGUUCAUGAUGGGCGGCGACGAGGACGAGUCGGAGGAGGAAGAGGAAGACGAAGCGCCGGCGCCGGCGCAGCGGCGGCCUGCUGCCGCUGCUGCUCCCGCCAAGCAGCAGCCUGCGCCGACGGCAGCUGCGAUCCCUGCUGCUGCCGCUCCGGCUGAGACCGACGAGGAAGGCUGGUCGAGCGACACGACGGUCGACAGCGAGGAGGAGCGGCGCACGCAGGCGCUUGCGCGGCGCCGCGCGGAGGAGGAGCGGCAGGCGAGCAUGUUCCAGAAAAUCCCGGUGCGCAGUCACAGCGCCGCCGAUCUGCGGCACGCGGCGCCCGCAGCUGCAGCCGAGACGACGGGCCCGAGUCCGAUGCUCGACAGUCCGCCGCCCGUGCGUGGCCUGCUCAGCUCCCUCUUCCAUCCCGAACAAGAGCCGCAUCCGCCGCCGGGCCAGCUUGCGGGCCGCCCGCACGCCAGCGCCGCUGAUCUACGACACCGCCCGGCCUCCUCUGCUCUCGCUCUCUCGCGCCUCACGCAGCCCGAGGCGGCUGCUCCGACGCGCUCUUCGCGUCGUGCAGAGCGAAGUAGCGGAGGAGGCAGCUCGCACGCGCCACAGCCGACGCGCACGCCCAGUGCUCAUCCCGUGGGCGACGGCGGACUGCGCACGUCCAAGAGUGCCGUGGCACUGCCGGUGCUCAACACGACGGCCUCGCGCUCUUCGACCAGCAUCAGCAGUCUGGCAGUCACGGCCAUGAGCAACAGCGGCGGCAAUGGCGCGACGUCUUCGCGUGCGCGCAAGGAGUCAUUGCCGCAUGAAGGCGGCGCGGAGCAGAGUGCCGCGCAUGACGCAGCGGGCACUGUCAGUCCCGACGCGGCUCGCUCCGUCGGCAGCAGUGCGGCGCUUGCGCACCUCAGUCAACUCGCGUCGACGCGGCGCUCCUCGAAUGCACGCAGCAGCGGUGCCCUUGCCUCCCUGGCGCGCCGAGCGGCCUCGUCGGAUGCGCCGGCACCCACGCUCUCGCAUGGCUCGCCCUCGGACCGGCCGCGCGGCCCGCCGUCGCCUCGCACCGAAGUGGCGGAGCUAGCGGAGGCGGUGCGAGCGCAACAACAGGUGCCGCAGCAGCAAUCCUUCUCCUCUUCCUCCUCCUCGCCGCCGACGCCCGAGGCAAUGGCGGCGCCGAGCGUGGCGCAGCAUCGUGCCGUGCCGACGCCCGCCGGUCCCGCGGCCAUGGCGCUGGCGCAGACGCCCCGCACGACGCGGCGCAACAUGCUGCGCGACGAGCUGUCGGAGAGCAUCCGGCAGAACCUGCUGUGGGAGCGGCAGAGCCGCAAUCGCAUGCUCGGCAUCGGCAAUCCCUCUGCGGCACGGCAGGCCGAGGCCUCGCGCGCGGCGCAGCAGGCAAACGCGGCGAUUGCGCAGCAUCACCAACAGCAGAUGCAGGCGCAAGGAGCAAGCGCGGCGCACUCGCAGCGCCCGCCUGUCCGAGAAGGGCGCAACCAGACGGUCCUGGGCGGCGGCCCCCUGCGGCCGCUCACGAGCGCGGCGCCGCCGGGCGCGACGCGCAGCAGGAGCGACCACUCCGGCCUCGUGCAGCAGGAGCAGAUGCGCCAGGAACGCCACGAGCUCGAACGCCGCCAGCAGCAGCAGGGAGGCAGCGGCGCAGCGACGAACAAUGCCUCUUCGUCGAGACGCCUCAGCAGCGAGUAUGGCAACUCCUUCCACACCAGCGGCUGGUGAGGCGCCGCGUCGAGGUGCCCUCGCCAAGCCCCCUUCUCUUUCUUUCUCCGCCAAUCACACGCCCUCUCCUGCAUAGUACUAAUUCAUCGAUCCAUUCCAC